AUCUUGCUAGUAUUGAAGAUAAACGUACAUAAAUGUCCGUGUAAAAUGAAUGUAAACUUACCCGAUAUGUUUUUCUCUGGCACCGACGAAUUCCCAUGCCGCUUUUUUCUUUAUAUCUCUAUAUUAUUUUUCAGAAAUGUCAACUAGCUCUGGAAAAUCUGACACGGCAAGUAUAGCGUACUGAUUAGUAUCCUGUCCGCUCAUUGGUCGAUCAAUGAAACUUCCGCUCAUUGGUCCUCGUCUGGGUGACAGUGAUGAAAAGUUGAAAAUGUUUCAGUUUUGUGGGUCAGCGUGUGCACGAUGACACGCACUAACACAAACUUUCACACGCUUGAAUUCGGUGUAUCGCUUGGCUGGACGGUGCCGGCUAACCAGCUAAAUAUAGAGCCACAACAGUCCUUAUUGGCUAAGGGAGAACCCCCCCAUUGUCUGGCUGUAGACCAUUGUCAAUCAAUCUCCUUCAUGCCGUCACUAGCAAACUGGCUAACUGUGUGAGCUACUUGCUAACCGCCAAUAAACAAUAGAAGAAGAAGAAGAAGCUCAUCGGCUAAGUGAAUCUUCGGUUCAAGGAGUAGAACGAGGAGGACGACGGCUGGAGCAAUAUGUUUUAACAAGGAUACAAAAACGCUACAGCCGAACGGCGCCAGGACGAAGCACGGUCAGAGUAGUGAUAUUUAAAAUUUAUUGUGUCCAACCUAGUAGAUUGAUCAUUCAAAUUUCAAACAAAGUUUGAACUUUGAGAGUGUUUAAAAUGUGAGAAAAUGUUCAUGUUAAGUGUAUUGUUAAGUGUAUUGUGAGGGGUUUUACAGCCUUAAAACAUAUACUGUACAUAACAAACAUAUAUAAUAAGUGUAAACAAAUAAAGUUAGCUACCUCGCGGAUUUCACUUAUUGCGGGCAAUUUUGGGAACAUAUCUUCCGCGAUAAACGAGUAAACACUGUAAUGGAAAAGAAAAAUAAUCUCGACAUUGCCAUCAUCAACUCUAAGAAACGUUUAACGUUCUUAGCAGUUUAUUUGGAGGUAUCUGGAGGUAAAAGGUAAGUCAGUUAACCUGUAAAAGUUAACCUGUCCUAAUUACAUGCUUGUUAUUUUAUAACUUGACCAUUUUUUAGCCCAGCGGUCACAAGACCACUAGUUAUCUUGUUUUCUCGGUGUCAAGACCAUGCAUAACAUCAAUGACAGACUUCUGCAUUGCUUUGGAUGCUGCAGCAUUUUAAUUUGUUUAAGCAGAAAGACGCAAUAGAAGUGCGACUGUAAAAGUCCCAGGGGUUUCAGAUGGGAUCUGAUCCCCACUGACAGCAGACAGUUCAUGUGAUCGGAAAGCGAGAAGAUUAACCCCCUGGGCCACAUUACACCCUCUUUCAGUUGGCUGCAUUAGAUGAAAGCGGGCAAGUUGAUUUUACGCAAUGUGUUGCAUGUGCAGGCAGGAUUUAGCCACAAAACGUUCCUCAUGCACAUCGGUAGUACAUUUUAGAAUACAAAACAGCUUAUUCUUAAUAUAUGACAUAUGACCAAGAAUAUGUCCUGUACCUGUGAUUCUCAAAAGUAGGUCACGGAGCCGUUUUCAGUGGCGUUGCAAAGUCUUUGCCAAAAAAAAAUUGUGUAAUGACCCGAUGUCCCUGAAUGUACCUCGUGUCUAUGCUAGUCGCUUGCUACGCUGCCAUGAGUUCCGUGUCAUGCUUAUGGGCGACUUGGUCAGGCAUGAGCGAGAGGGGAAGGACUUAAGACGCCGUCUGUCCAACACAGCUUGAUAGCUAGAGCUCUACUGGAAAAGAGCAUGGCAUGAAACGAAAGCUCACGUUGUGUUGCACGGGGGCUCACAUUGAAGGCUCACAUUGAAAGCAGUAUGCGUCAUACUGUACCUAGCCUUAGCUAGGCCUUACCUGUAGGUCCUGAGCAUUAAGGGUGGGAGAAAUAAUCGAUUAUUACAUGCAUCACAUUGACAUUGACAAUUAUUAUUCGAUUCAUAAAGACGGAAGUGCUGGCCGGACAGUUUAUGGUGGUGCACCUGCGUGUAAGACGCCAGAAUGGCUGAGUGUGAACUGCAGCCCUCACCCAGCUGAAGUUGCUGCCAACCAGAGAACCAUCGAGCAGGUGAUAACUAAUUUUCCACCCAACUCGGAAAAGGCGAAGCGAAUCACAAAAUCAAUCGCAACUUUUAUUGCAAAGGAUUUGUGGCCGUAUUCGGUUGUUGAGAAGCAGGGCUUUUGUGCUUUGUUGCGCACUUUGGAACCCAGAUACAACGUCCCAUUGCAACGGUAUUUCACUGACACUGCAAUUGUGAAUAAUUCACUAUAUACUGACGUUGACUAGCAUUAUUCUUGUAUGAGAGCCGCUGGUACAGAAAUCUAUAUUUUGUAUGAAAGCUGGGGGUUUUUUGCUAUAAAGCAAACAUAUAAUUUUAUCAGAGAUUCUAUACUCAGGAUUUUAGUCUAUUAUUUAUUUGUGAAUUUUUUUUUAUGUUGGUUACUCAGAAUAUGCUGAAGUUUGUUAAUUUCAUACAUGCUGUUACUGGUGCACCUUACUUUUCCUGCUGGUUCUCUGCAAUGGGAAAUAUGUUGGUAGAUGUGACCUUCCAAUUAUUAAAAGAUAAUGGAAGUAAAUUAAUGCGUCAUGUUUAUUUUAAUUGUGGAUCAUUACAAAUAUUAGUAGUACACAGUGGGUAAAAAGAAAGUAAAAAAUAAAUUCCAUAUAGAAAAAAAUGAUGCAUGAAAAAAUGGACAAACUGUUUAUCACAAAAAAAGAUGCAUCGAGAUGUAUCGAUAAUCGGGCUCUGAAUUGUAAUCGCAUCGAAUCGUGAGGUGGCCAGAGAUCCCUCACCCCUACUGCGCAUGUGUGUGUUACCUGGGGUGCAGCUUACAUGCUACACAUAACCGUUGCAAACAGUCUUUUUACAUUUAAAAUUUCAAUAAAUACCUGUGAUUUAUUAAAUAAAUAAGAUAUUUGAGAAGUUUAAGCUAAAUGAUGUCUGCAAUUUGGUUCGCUGCUUGUCGCUGAAGGGUGAUGGUGGGCCCCGCAGCCAAACCAGUUGAGAACCACUCUUCUACACCACAUACAAUUGCUAGAGACUGCUCUACCCUUCAAAAUAAAACACAGUCCAUUUUACGAUGCUGGCUGACUUCCAAGUUGUCGUAAUGUGAAAUCAAUGUUUCCCAUAGGAAAUAAAGACAAUUAAAUGAAUUUGUUCAAGGGGGCUGGAUUAAGUACAGUCAAACAUCGGGUUUUUGUACACCCCAGUUUUUGUAUGAUUCCGUUUACGUGGAAUUUUUUCCCUAAAAUGUUGCCUCUAUUUUUGUACACUGUCUUGGCUUUUGUACAAAAUUGCGCAUACUGUAACAAGUUUGUUUCCGCUGGACUCUAUCGUUCCAUGGAAUAGAGCGCCCAAACAAAGAACCGUGCAUGUUGCUGACUCACUGGCCGUGCAUUUUUUUUUUUAUUGAAUGCGACUGCUAAAUAACCCACCAUGGGGCCACAAAAAGUUGUGAUUGCCAGCGAUUUCAUAAAGAAGGAGAGAAACACGAUUGAGUUUGAUCUCGCCAGGAAGUAGGGGAUAUCUGCAUCAACAAUAAGUUCCAUCCAUCUGUCAUUCGUCAUAAUUAUGUUGCAUUAUUUGCUGCAUGUAAAACUAUAAUUAUUCUCUAAAAAAACAUUUUUUGUUCAUAUUUGUGGGUGUAUUGAACAGAUUAAUUGGAUUUACAUGAUUUCCAAUGGGAAAAAUGGCCUCAGUUUUCGUCAUUAAUCCCAUGCAAAACGUACUAGGUUCCACUGUAUACUGGCAAUGUUUUUAGUAACAUGUUAAUAUUUAUAACUGUAAAUAAGAAUAUUAAUAUAUUAUAAUAUCAACAAUAUAUGAUAAUAGGUACAGCUAACAUAGAAAAACUACUUACUCUGAAUGUGAAUGGAAAAUUUAUAGAAGAUUUUUUGCAGAGCAAUACUAUUACCUAGUGAAGUCCAUCCAUCCAUUUUAUACUUUGUGUCAUUGGGCACCCCAAAGCUAUCGACCUAUCAAACUGGUCCCAGGCAUUACUUUAAGUGUGCCAUAUAAACAAAUUAAUAUUUUAUGUUAUUCAUAUUUCCAUGCACCCCUACUCUUCAUUUUACAGAAGCUGCGUGUUGGCUGCUGCCCUGCUUUAUUUUUUUUUUUUUUUUCUUUUUAAAUGUUGUCUGCACAUUCAUCUAGUUGGAAAUUACCACCACUUUUCUUUCUGGGAUCAUGCAGGAGAGAGAUAAAAUGUCGGGCCAUUAGCCUGGGCAGUUAGCUUAUUUAAAGGCUGUUAAUUAUUUACCUAAUUUACUCUCAGAACCAUCUGGGCCAGUCAGGGUUUAAGCAUUACACUACUUUCUGUUAUUGAGCUGAACAUAGACAUCUUGACAGUUUACUCAUUACAUCGAGAUAAUAUCUCCAAGAGCCAACGUGAUGCCUCAAGAAUUGCUUACAUGUACAGUAGUUAUGUGGCGAUGCAGCGACGGCUGCCUGGAAGUCCUCCAGUUAUAAUUAGACUGGCGCAUACAUAGUGGUUCAUAAUAGCGCGCGCACACACGAAUGCAGUACACACACGUCCAUGAAUGAAGCAUGAAUGAACAUAGUCAUGCCUCUCCUGAGGCUAUUUGCACUUGAGGAAAACCUAAUCAUACUGAGAGAACUUUACACAUCUGUGCUUGGAAACACACACGUUACGCUGACAAAAAUAUCAAGGAGACCCUCUUAAAUCGUAUUGUUUCAUCUUCCCAAGACUGUUUGCACAAUUCUGUGUGGAAAGCCAUUGUGUGUUCCAGCCUGAUUCUGACCCAGUGCACAAAGCAAGGUUCAUAGAGGCAUGGCUGGGUGAGCCUGGUGUGCAAGAAGUCAACUUCAACCAUUUAAAGACAUUUGGGAUAAAUGAGUCUGAUCUUAGAAAUGUUAUUCUGGAUGAACUGAAAACCACAGACACACUCCAACAUAUGGUAGAUCAACAUUUCCACACGUGUAAUAUCUAGGGAUCCAUUAUCAGUGUCAACUUCCCAUACCAACGUAGUUCAUUAAAUUGCCAAUACCACCUGCUGAGAUUUCAGAUCCAUGGGCCAUGUCUUUGCUUUAAUGUUGUCAGCUUGAAGAAUAGCUAGAAGAAUAUCAGCAAACGGAGCCGAAAGAGUAUCAGCGAGCUGAAGUGUUUCCACACACACACACACACACACACACACACACACAGAAGCUCCGCCUGACAUGGUCAUGGACACACAAAACAUUCCCACAUCACAAACAACACAAAACCUCUGGGUCGCUACCAAAACAUACUUGCCUGUAGAGAGGACUUUAUUACAGCGUCAUAUAAAAUUAACCAUAAUGAUAAUGUAGCGGAAGUUAUGAGUUCUGUGUUACGACUGUCUGUGAAGUCGUGAACGAGUGAGGCUGAGCGCUUGUAUUUGCGUGUGGAGACAGCUACAUUUGCUGGCAUUCUGUUGCCGUGAUUGUAUAUUAAAGCAAACAUAGCUCUGGUAUCGGAAUUGUCCAAAUUCGGGUAUCGGGAUCGUAUCAGAAGUGAAAAAAUGUGGAUUGGUGCAUCCCUAGUAAUAUCACGAUACUUGUAUCCAUACAGUGUUCAUAGAUGCACCGGUGGUGUCUCGCACUUCUGGCCAGGUAGGUUGAAGUGGACAUAGUGAUGAAUGAUGUAUAGAUCCCACCUUCCUCUUGUCUCCCCUUUUUCUCCACCCCUCAACAACCUCUGUCAACACCUCCACCCAUUUCCCACCCAUGUCGCUCUGGCCUCCUCCCCUCUUUUUUUCUGUCUAUUUUGUUUUCCACAUUUGGUCUGCGCUGAGAUGACGACAGAUGAGGUCUGAUACUGAUACUGAGGAAGGACAAGAGGUGUGGAGGUAUGCGGCAGGCUGCACUGUUGUCGAUGACUGACAUCCCAGCAUCCCAUGAUGGACAAAAAAAGUGCCAAUGGCUUGCAGACCAAGGCCAGUGAAGGUGGUGUUCAGAGAAAGCAGCUACCCUACUCAGUGGAAACUCCUUAUGGCUUCCACCUGGACUUGGAUUUUCUCAAAUAUGUUGAUGAUAUUGAAAAAGGCAAUACCAUCAAACGAGUCCACAUCCAGCGCCGGGUCAAAGGCCCACCCAAAUUCAGUACUCUACCCAGGAAUUUCAGUCUCCCGGGGCAUGGAAUACGGCCUACCCCUAAAGACUGUCCAUGGUCUGGGACAUCCACAUUGGGACCAAAACCUAAAUCACGGUUAACAGAGGUUCAGCAGAUCUCUGAUUUGAGAGCAAAUGAAGGAGGAGCUUUGAGCAGAGGGACAGCUACCCAGGGAACUGGUGUUGUUUCAGCUAAGCUCAGAGAUGAAGGAGUUCUUGGGGCCCAGGGAAUUGAAGAUAAAACUGUGGGCACUCAGAAUCGCCCAAACCUGCUUCGAGCAUCGAGUAUGCCAAUCACAUUACAGCAGCGAAAAGGUUCUGAUUCAAGUAGUCCAGAUCGUGUUGUUGGAACACCAGAGAAUGGCUCAACUGAAAACAUGUUCAGAGCAUCACCAGAUAUAACAGAAAGAAGAUGCGUACCCCAAGAACGAGUGGGAAUUCACCAGCAGAUCACAGUUGCAUUGAAGCGGGUCAGAGAGCUUGAAGAACAGGUCAAAACCAUCCCUGAACUUAAGGCUCAGAUUUGCUCACUGAGGAUGGAGAGGGAGCAGCUACUACGUCAGCUUCAGUCCCAAGAAAAGGCCCACAUUUGUACAUCAUCAUCUAAAAUGGCUCCAGUUACUGAUACUGAUAUAAACACCCAGCCACAAGCAAGCAGACAUAAAGAAGGUUUGAAUUUGUCUCUGUCUCCCCAACCAGUAACUGAAGAAGAGAAACAAAAAGCAAAUACUGUGCUUGAAAAAGACGCCGUAAAUCAGGGAUUGGUGAAGAGCUCGAUAGCAUGCCAUGACAUUUGUGAGCAAGGGUCUAAUUGGAAAGCACAGUUGUCAGACAAACAGAACGAGACAGUAGGUAGUCCGCUGGAACAUGCAUCGCAGGAAGAUGAUAAUGUAGCAAAAGGAGGGAAUUUUGAGGACUCAGGUAGUAUCCAGAAUUUGCAUGAAAAGCUGGUAAGACUGGAGGGUAAACUUCUUCAGGCUCAUCAAGAGCUGGAUAGAACUAAUGAUCUGUUGAAAGAACAAAUAGCAGAGAACAAAGUGAAAGAGGAGAGAAUACUAGAGUUGAGUGAGGGAAUUAGAGUUGAGGUGUCUCCAAUGGAAACACAUAGCAGGCCAAGAAGAGAAAGUAUAGACACUGGGACAGAGACUGAGAGAGUACACUAUUCCAACCAGGAGACAGAGACAAAAUUACCUGGUACGGUUGAUCAAGGAACCGAUACUGAAAGAAUAUGUAUUGAAGUAUCUGUAUCCAAACCAACAUCUGGAAGUAUCAAUCAGGAAAAAGAGACUACCAGAGUAGACACUCAUGACAAAACGACAGCGGUCAAGGCAGAAUCUGCAUCUGUUAGUCCACAAAGGUCUAUAGUCAACAGCAUGGAACAGGGUACAGUAACAGAAAGAGCAACUACUCAGGAUCAGAUGACUGAGACACCGGUAGCCGAAAGGGUACACCAGGUCACAGAAACAGAGGGAGUGACAGAGACAGACCAUCCACAGAGACCGAGGGCCAGCAGUGUUGACAGGGGGACAGAGACAGAGAGAGUGGACACUGUGGAUAGGGUGACGGAGACAGAGGUUGCACAGAGGAUUGAUCAGCAUACUGAGACAGAAGUAGAAAGACCCCAAGACAACAAUCCAGUCAGAAAUACUGAAGCAGAGAGUCAGGUGAGAGAAAAUACAGGCAGCCAGAGAGGUGAAGCUGAUACUGUGGUCACUGAAAGUAUAGAAGACAACAAGAAAGUAAAUGAAGGAAUUCAGAAAGAUCAUGGAGACGAUGAAAAGGUGGUAUUGGAAGUUAUUAGUGAGAGUCGUGUUGAAGUUAAAGGAAGUGUAGUUGAACAAACUGUGAGUUCAGAAUUCGUAAGUCAGCCUGAAGACAGUAAAAGUCUAUGUGUUGCAACAGGAAAACAUGCAGACAAUGCAAUUGAAAGAGACCCUGCACAAACGAACUCAGAAACAAAAGCAAUCUUACUCCCAGAAAGUGUGGAAUUGCAGCAGGUUGCACAGGGUGCAAGAAAGACUUUGGAUACUGCCACUGCUGCAGUAGCACCAGAAAGUGCCAUUGUAAAGACAGACAGAGUUCCAGUAAGACCCCAAAGAGGCCGUAGGCCAUCAGCAGAUCAGGCACAGCAGGCAACUCCUCAACUUCAAACCACUCCUGUUCGUCCUCGUAGGGGUUCCAGUGAAACUCAAAGUCAGCAGUCAAAGGCAGUCAAAGAGUCUAAAUCCACUGCGGAACUCUCUGAACCACCGGCAAAACAUGAAUCACCAUCCCUGGUUCAGUCGGGGAGCAACACCAAGCCACCAUCAUGUGAAAAACAAUCUCAAUCACAGCCUCAAACUGAGAUUCAGUGCCCAUCCCCAAUGCCCAAAGAGGUUCAGACUCGUCCCAUGUCAAUUCAAGCCCAGUCUAAAACUACAACCCGACGCGACUCAAAAGAGCUGAAAGCACCUACUAGGGCAUCUAGUGUGUCGCAGCCUUUAAGACGUGGAUCUGGAGAUGACCACAUCCACCCAAAACGCCAGGUAUCGGGUGAGGUCCAAACUCAGUUUCGAAGACGUUCUGAUGAGAGCCAAUCCCUUCAGAAAGAUCCUGAAGUACAGACAUCACGCAGAGGCUCCACUGAAACGGCACAACGUCGGAGUUCUGGUGAAGCUGUGGCCUCCCGCCCUGACACUGGCGAGUCGCAGCAAGUACGCAGAGGCUCAAGUGAGUCACCAACCUCGCCUGCAGCUUUGGGUCAAGUCGUAACCCGGCUAACAGGUCUCCUGGGGGAGCAGUGGGCUCAGCUGGGAAGCAGCUCUGGAGCUCAACAGUUGGUCAACCAGCAGGAGAGCCCUGGCACACAAAAACAGACGGCAGGGAAAAGAGCAGAGGCAGGAAAUGCAGCAUCGGCCAAGCCUGCGGGGAAAGCAUCAACCACAGGGAAAACAGCAGGGAAGCCUGGCCCUUCCAAAAUGAGCUCAAUUCAGAGUCAACUGGUCAGUUCCCUUAGUGUUCUUUCUGCCUUCUACUCACCGGCCCAGAAAUCUGCUGCUGCCAACAAGCGGCAAGAACAAGGUCUCAAAUCUAUUAUGAAGAAAAAUGGGGUUGCUGACAAGCAUGGGAACAAGGGAACCAAGAAAAACCUGAAGUUCGUCGGGGUGAAUGGAGGCUAUGAGAGCACAUCUAGCGACGAGUCCAGUGUAGAGGAGAAGGCAAAAGUGGAUGUCGAAGAGGGUGACGGCUCAGAGGCAGAGGAAGAAAGAGACAAGGAGCCUAAAUCAGCAGAAAAGCCUGAGGAGGGAGCAGAUGCACAGGAGAGAGAUGCAAAAAUCCUGCAUAGCGAAGGGGGUGCAGUGGCAGCAGUAGAGAGCGAAAAAGACCUGCUGGACCGAGAGAGGAGCCAGGAGCUCCUGGAGGAACCGUCUUCAGGGGAAAAAGUUGACAAAGGGUUUAUAGAUGCCUGUCUUUAUGUAAAGGAUCGAAUGGAGGAGGUUACAUCCCCAGAUAAAGAAAUGCGUCAAGUUUUAGUGGUCCUUUACCAAGAGUGGUUCAAAGUUUCAAGUCAGAAAACCUCGCAGGCAGACACUGUUAGGUUAUACCUGCGACAAGUGGGCUUGACCACACCCACUCUCCUGCCAUAUGUAGUUAACCUGACAGACGGAAAUGGGAAUAUGGCUCUCCACUACAGUGUAUCACAUUCGAACUUUCCUGUGGUGAAACUGCUGCUGGAUACAGGUCUUUGUGAAACAGACAACAUAAACAAGGCAGGCUACACUCCAGUGAUGCUGGCCGCACUCACAGCUGCUGAGAGUCCAGAUGAUUUGGAGGUGGCACAACAGCUGCUCCGCCUUGGUGACGUUAAUGCACGCUCAAGACAGACCGGUCAGACAGCGCUGAUGCUCGCUGUGUGCCACGGGCGCCUCUCCAUGGUGAAGCUGCUGCUGAGUUGUGGCGCAGAUGUAAACGCUCAGGAUGGCGAGGGCUCCACGGCCUUGAUGUGUGCCAGCGAGCACGGCCACACUCACAUUGCCCGCCUGCUGCUGGAGACGGGCCACUGUGACACCAGCCUCACUGAUAAGAAUGGACAGACCGCUCAGGAGGUGGCAGAGGGAGCCUCCCACCCAGACAUAGUUGACCUCCUCAAGGCGCAUGACAAGUCCGAGUCUGGCCACUGAGCCAAGGUGAUGUCUCCUCCAAGUCUCUCCAGCGCAUCUCGCCACCAUCAUGGAGUCAGUUCAAGUAGAGAUGCACAGAUACCCGACACGCCUCUCUCUCCCUCUCUCUUUCUGCAUAUGUGUUGUUUACCUCGAAGCCGUGGGAGCUCGCAAACAAACAACCACCGAGACUGACGCGUUGAACAACGCACGGCUACGUUUCUCUUCCACGAGCCUGCCAACAAUGCCCCGUGCAGUUUUCAUAGAUAUGCUGCAUUAAGCCAGGCCACUCACUGGACACCAGGGUGGUCGCCUUGAUGAAAGAGGUCAUGUGACAGCGACAAGGAUUUGACAGGAUACUCCCCGGAGAGUAAAAAGAGAAUAUGAAGAGUGACAUGCCGCCUGAGGGAUACAUGGAAUAACUGCUGCUGCUUCUUUAUAAUACUCUUCAAUCAGAAUAAUAAGCACAUGCUCUACCUUUUCAAUAACGUGUCUAAUGUAAGAUAUUUACUAUGACGUUCGUCUUAUUUCGUUCCCCUCUCCAUUGGCAUAUUUUUUUAAAAUGUGGACAUAAGCCAUUAUUAUACAACAUAUAUGUACAAUACAUCAGAAUAUAAGCAAAUACAAACACCGAAUCUGUAUUUUCUACAAAUUUUAUUUUCAAUCAUUGUUGUGUAAAUAAUCCUAUUGGUGUGUAGAGGCCUAUAGCUCAUAGAAAUAAAAAGUAAUAGUAAUAUAAUUCCUGUAGUAUUCCGUCUGACAAAAUUCAGUGUCUUAAUUUUUUAUAAUUAAAUGUUUGGGUUUUUUUAAAACAUAAUUUUAUCCACAAAAUAUGAUACAUAUAUGUUUUUUGUUGUUGUUUUUUUUUACUAAGAAGAUUGUAUUGUGCAGAAGUUACUGCAUGACAUACACUUAGUCGCUCUUGGCUGUCCAUUGAGUUCUAAGCAACAGUAUGUUGUAGUACUGUCUAACACCCCUCAAUGUGUGCAAAUAUUAUGUUCCUCUUCUUCACCUGUUUAUUUUAUGUACGCAACACGAUGCACAAUGAAUGUCUGACUGGCUGAUACAUUCCAAAAAUUAAAAAAAAAAUUAAAAAAAGUAGCAAUCUGAACUCUACUGGGAUUGAGCCCAGUGGAUGUGACGUAGAAAUGUGUGGGGGGAAAAAAGACGCUGACUACAAAUGUAUGAUUUGUAUUUGUUCUAUUCUUGCAUCUACAGUACGUAAGAAACCCAUGGAACCUUUUAUUGUUCAGAAAAUGAGUACAUGAAGUGGGGGGGUUGUAGUUGUAAAGAUGCAGGUGUGGUCAUUCAGCAAGCCAAUAUUCCCGAAAUAGCUGACAAGACAUUUAUUCUAUUUGUUUCAUAUUACAGCGGUGGCCGAGUUUCAUACGAUUACAACCAAUUGCGGUUCCUUCCUUCAGCUAUGGUGAAUAUCUACUGUCAUUCUGUGCUUUGUAAUAUUUGUGCUAAUAUGGAAAUGUGUAGACGUAAAUAGUUAUCCAAGUACAUCAAUUCUGUAUGCUAAUAAUAUCAAACAUAUACUGUGAAUACAUUACAACAGACGUUAUUUUCAAGAGUGGCAAUCACACAAUAAGGCUUCGUUUGCACAGACUUGCCAGAACAUCGUCUCAUUUGUGAUUUUUUUUUUUUAAAUCAGAUGUGCUUGUUUGUGCAGCGAUGCGCGCGUGUAUGAAUAGCUUCCCAAAAGUUGUGUUAUGAAAAGAAUUUGGUAUAUCGAUCUUCUGUGCCAUUAGGUCUACAUGGAAAUCUCAUGUAUAUGCUUAAUCCGGUGUGACCCAGAUGUUACAGUGACAAGGUUUUGCCAAAGACUUGAAACGAAAUUGAUUUCACACGGGGUUAAAUAUAUACUUUAUGUGUUCCUGUAAUGCCAGCCAAACACAUGUACAUACAGCAUUGUGAAAACUAUACAGUAUAACCUCUAUUGUCAAACAAUACUCUCUACAAAUAAUAUUAAAUAUUUAUUCUAAAUGAUAUAUUUUUUACCAUAUAUAGAUAUAUAUAUGUAUGCAUGGAUGGAUAUUCCAGUGAUUGAACUUUGACACUGGCCUGUCAAUGAUGAUCUUAGAUGGAUUGACAGGUGGUGUAGUAUUGGUGACUUUUUCACGUGCCCUUCCAUGUUACAGAUGACGUGUUAAAGCGAUAAUGGAAAGCUACAGUAUAUUGAACAUGCAACUUUAAAUAGAACUGGUUGACUGACAGUGGAAUAUAAUAGGAUAUACUGCUCUGUAUUAUCUCAGUGGGCUUAUAUGUUGGAAAGCAGAGAACAAUUUUAAAAUAAACACAAACAUGCCCUUUU